CCAACAUCACGGUGAUCGUAUCGCCCUUCUGCUGUACGGCUUUUCAUUAGACUUAGUUGAACUAAUCAUCAUGCUAUUUUCCACAAUUACUUUGGCAAGCCUUGUAGGUCUAGCCGCAUCGGUCGACAUGUCUCGAUACGCUGCAGAUUUGGGAGUUGAAUCUGAGUUUAAAGACUAUCUUGAAGAACUUUAUGUAUCAGCCGAGGAUCCAUCAGCCACGACUGGAUUUACAAAUUUCUUUACGAUCGAUGGGCAACUUCUUGUCCUUGGGAACACGGCGACCGGCGCUGAUGAGAUUCAGGCAUUAAAGCAGGAAUUGCUGCCUUUCUCAGGAGAAAAGCAUUGGAACCAUUUUCCCAAUACGACCAAAGUCGAUUCAGAAACCAGUGCGCAGAAGACAUAUCAAGUUCUCGGUGUCAUUGAAACAAAGUUCGAUGGAGGCAACUGUUCUCAAGCCUAUUACUCGACUCGCUUUAUUUUGACCAAAGAUGGAAGCGGUUCGCCGCAAUUUAUUACGCAUGCUGGCAAUCUGGUGGCCUAUAAUGAUUAUAUCGUAGAUCCCCCUCACACGCCAACUGAUAUAGCCUGUGGUACUUGA